GCUAUGGCCAGGGAAGACCAGGGUCCGGCGAUUGGGAUUGAUUUGGGAACAUGCUACUCCUGCGUGGCAGUUUGGAAACAUGAUCGGGUGGAGAUCAUACCCAAUGAACUGGAGAGUCGGAAAACACCUUCUUAUGUAGCUUUCAAUGAAACUCACCGUUUGAUUGGUCAUGCGGCCAUGGAUCGGGUAGCCAUGAAUCCUACCAACACUGUUUUUGACUCUAAACGUUUGAUUGGAAGGCGAUUCGACGAUGACUCAGUGCAAGAUGACAUGAAAUUGUGGCCAUUCAAGGUGAUUGCUGACCCUGAUAAUGAGAGACCCAUUAUUGUCGUUACCUACAAGAACGAGGAAAAGCAGUUUCUAGCUGAAGAAAUCUCUUCAAUGAUUCUCAUAAAGAUGAAAGAGAUUGCAGAGGCUUAUUGCGGUUCAGAGAUUAAAAAUGCUGUUAUCACUGUUCCUGCUUGUUUCAAUCACUCGCAACGUCAAGCUACAAUGGAUGCUGGACUCAUUGCGGGCCUAAAUGUGAUGCGUAUUAUCAGUGAGCCAAGUGCUGCUGCUUUUGCUUAUGGACUUGACAAUGAAAAUGGUGGUGGUGAGAAGAAUGUGGUCAUCUUUGAUCUAGGUGGCGGAACGUUGGAUGUCUCACUUCUCACCAUUGAAGAGGGUAUAUUUGAAGUGAAAGCUACAGCUGGUGAUACCAACUUGGGAGGUGAAGAUUUUGACCGUAGAAUGGUGAAGCAUUUCGUUCAAGAGUUCAACACAAAGCAUAAGAAGAAUAUUACUGGAGUUAAGGCUCUUACGAAGUUGUCGACUGCUUGUGAAAGGGCUAAGAGGAUUCUGUCAUCUAAUACUCGAGCAACAAUUGACAUUGAGUCUUUGUACGAGGAUAUUGACUUCUACUCAAACAUCACUCGAGCCAGGUUUGAGGAGCUUAACAUGGACUUGUUCUCGAAGUGUAUAGAGCUUGUUGAGAAGUGUUUGAAGGAUGCUAAGAUGGAUAAGAACAGUGUCCAUGAUGUGGUUCUGGUUGGAGGGUCUACCAGGAUCCUCAAGGUUCAGGAAUUGUUGCAGAACUUCUUCGGUGGGAAGGAGCUCUGCAAAAGGAUUAAUCCUGAUGAGGCUGUUGCCUAUGGUGCUGCUGUUCAGGCUGCAAUCCUUAGCGGUGAGGUUAAUGAGAAGGUGCAGUUGUUGCUGGAUGUCACUCCUUUUUCGCUUGGUUUGGAGACUGCUGGAGAUGUCAUGAAUGUCUUGAUUCCGAGAAACACCACCAUUCCCACUAAGAAGGAGCAGGUGUUCUCGUUCCAACGCGAUAACCAGUCAGUUGUGCUGAUUCAGGUGUAUGAAGGUGAAAGUAUAAGAACCUGUGACAACAACUUGCUGGGCAAAUUCGAGUUAUCUGGCAUUCCUCUUGCUCCUGAGGGAGUUCCUCUAAUCUAUGUGUGCCUUGACAUUGAUGGCCACGGUAUUUUGAAUGUCUCUGCCGAGGAUAAAACCACUGGAAAUAAGAAUAAAUUUACAAUCACCAAUACGGGCUGGCUCUCCAAUGAAGGGAUCAAGAAGUUAGUGCAGGAGGCUAAGAAGUACAAGGCUGACGAUGAGGAGCACAACAUGAAGGUGGAGAAAAAGAAUGCACUGGAGAACUACGCUUAUAACAUGAGGAACUCAUUGAAAGAUGUGAAGGUUUCAGCCAAGGUCCCAUCUGCUCUCAGAAAGGAGAUUGAAGAUGCAAUUGAGCAGACUAUCAAUUGGCUCGAAGGGAACCAACUUGGUGAGGCAGAUGAGUUUGAGAGUAGGACCAAGGAGUUGGAGGGUAUUUGUUACCCUUUCAUGGCCAAGAUGUACCAAGGAACUAGUAGUGAUGAUAAGAGUAAAUAGAUUUAGCAUCUUGUUGUAUUAUGGGUGUC